AAGCACAUACUUUGAUUUAACUCCAGGAUGUCUCGUGGAUCAUUAAUAAAUACAAACAAAAUAUCCGGAUAAGCCAUUCUUUAGCCCGUUAUUAUUAUUAUUAUUUUUUUUUUUUACGUCUUCUUCCCGGUGGGGCCUGAUGGUCGGUCCAAGGCUUUUUCCCGGUGGGUCCUGAUGGUCGGCUCAGCCCGUUCUGGCGCAAGCGAGUGUUUACAGUGGCGCCAUCUUGCAUUGGCUCAUGCUGCCCUCCCGGAGCUCAUUAAUCCUAGAAUCUAGAGUCCGGGUUGAUAGGUGGUCUUCUGGACAGCAUGUGGGUAGUUUUAAGCCACUCGGCGGCGGCUGAAAAAUCCCAGCUUGGUGGCACCGGGCGGGGAUUGAACUCGCGUCCUCCUGAACGCGGGGCCGUCUUGCUAUCUGUUCAGCCACCGCUUACCCUUUAACUCCCUUAAUGGCCCCCAAAAACAGUCCCGCCGCCAAGUUUGUACCCAACAUUUGAUGAUGUUAGGUGCGCCUAUUCAGUGUGACCGAGGCUUUGGUAACGAGCCGCCCUCCCUAACAAGUAAUCUGGUGAUAUUUGAGUUCCUAUACAAUAGAGAGUUAUGUUGAUAUGCCUUCACUCCUUCUUUCCUUCCCCCUUCAUCGAUUCUCCCCGCUAUGGAGACACUAAUGAUCCUGCUCCUCCUCCUCGUCUCAGCAGGUAAAGCCUUGUCAAAUGUGUGUUUCUUUAGGUUCAUGGUACAGAGGAAGGGUCACACUACCACCAGGGUCAUAAAACUAAUCCCGGAAAUGCCCACAACUCCUAUGAAAGCCUUGUCAAAUGUGUGUUUCUUUAGGUUCAUGGUACAGAGGAAGGGUCACACUACCACCAGGGUCAUAAAACUACCCCUGGAAAUGCCCACAACUCCUAUGAAAGCCUUGUCAAAUGUGUGUUUCUUUAGGUUCAUGGUACAGAGGAAGGGUCACACUACCACCAGGGUCAUAAAACUACCCCUGGAAAUGCCCAAAACUCCUAUGAAAGCCUUGUCAAAUGUGUGUUUCUUUAGGUUCAUGGUACAGAGGAAGGGUCACACUACCACCAGGGUCAUAAAACUAAUCCCGGAAAUGCCCAAAACUCCUAUGAAAGCCUUGUCAAAUGUGUGUUUCUUUAGGUUCACGGUACAGAGGAAGGGUCACACUACCACCAGGGUCAUAAAACUACCCCUGGGAAUGCCCACAACUCCUAUGAAAGCCUUGUCAAAUGUGUGUUUCUUUAGGUUCAUGGUACAGAGGAAGGGUCACACUACCACCAGGGUCAUUAAACUACCCCUGGAAAUGCCCACAACUCCUAUGAAAGCCUUGUCAAAUGUGUGUUUCUUUAGGUUCACGGUACAGAGGAAGGGUCACACUACCACCAGGGUCAUAAAACUACUCCUGGAAAUGCCCACAACUCCUAUGAAAGCCUUGUCAAAUGUGUGUUUCUUUAGGUUCACGGUACAGAGGAAGGGUCACACUACCACCAGGGUCAUAAAACUACCCCUGGAAAUGCCCACAACUCCUAUGAAAGCUUUGUCAAAUAUGUACUUGACCGACGAAAUGUUUAUUUCUUAA